AUGACGGCCCAUGCCAUCGCACCAACAGCCAACGCUUUGUUGCAAGCGGGGGCGAAGGCGCACAAGCUUGGUGACCUGCGCGCGGCGGAGGAGCUCUACCAGCAGGCCCUUGACUCACUGGGCGUUUCCUCCUCUGAUGCUGCCAAAGAGAAGGACACAGACGUCGCAGAGAUUUUCCACCUCCUGGGCGCGCUCAGGGUGCAGAAGCUGGUUGGGAGUGCGAAGGACGAGGAGGACGACGAGGAGCCUUUUUUGCAGGGAAAGGCCGCCGCCUCCUUGGCGGAGGCCAUCGCCCUCCUGCGCUGCGCCCGCGCAUCGCUGCCCUCCACGGCCUCCGACACCGCCCGCGCGCGCGUGGCCUCGUCGCUGGGCACCGCCAUGCUCCAUGCGCCAAAGGAACAAGGCCUGGCGCGCGCCAAGGGCUCUGCCCUGGAAGAGGCCGUCGCCAUCCUUCGUGAGGCGUGCAGCCUCGACCCUCAGCGCUGGUCUGCGUGGUACAACCUCAGCCGGGCCUUGGCGCUCUUCGGACUGGUGAAGGAGAGGCAAGGGCUCACCGAUGAUGUGCGGGCUCUCAACGAGGAGCGCAUCCGUGCGCUGCGCUCGGCGCAAAGGCUUCGGCCCAAGCACGCGGGCUGCUUGUACCGCUUGGGGAUGGCUUGCCGGGAGAAGGGCGAGGGCGAUGAGGCCUUGCAGAUGCUGGGGGACUUCAUGACAGCCACAGAGGGCGACUCAAGCGCCGGAUGCCUGCGUCGGCGAGCGGGUGCCAGCCACUGGCUCGCCGUGCUCCGAGGGGAGACGACGGCAACGGCUCCGCCGGAGUACGUGGCGGGCCUCUUCGAUGGCUACGCAGAGCGAUUCGAUGAUCAUCUGGUAGGCGCCCUGGAGUAUCGAACUCCCGAGCUCCUGGCUGCAGAGCUCAAGAGCAUGAAGGACACCCUGCUGGCUGAGAGCCCUGGCUCCCGGCCCUUUGCUCGCUGUGCCGACCUAGGAUGCGGUACUGGGUUGAUGGGGCCUCCGCUGCGUGAACUGGGCGUGGAGCACCUCGCGGGGGUCGACCUGUCCGCGAAGAUGUUGGAGGUGGCGAAGGAGAAGGACCGUGGCUACGACAAGCUCGUGUGCGGCGACCUGGUCGAUAUCUUCCAAGAAGAGGGCCAGGCAACCGAGUUCGACCUUGUCGUGGCUGCGGAUGUCUUUGUGUACGUGGGCGACCUCCUGCCCGCCCUCUUGGCGACCUCUCAGUCUCUGACCCCUCGGGGCGUCGUCGCCUUCUCCACGGAGGCGCCUCCCCGCUCGGGCAGCGCCAAUGAGAAGGAGGGCCGCGUCCCUGAGGGCGGAUACAAGCUGGCAGAGACGGGGCGCUACAUGCACACCGCCUCCUAUGUACGAUCCACUGCCGAGGCCUGCGGGCUCCACCUCUCCAAGCGUGCCAACGUGGUGCUCCGAAAGAACGGGGGCAAGCCGGUCCAUGGCCAGUUGCACAUCCUCCGCAAGGUGUCGGAAGGACUACCAUCCUAG